GGCAGCUGGGUUCUCCUGGUUCCACCCGGCUGGUGCGGGGUCGUUUUCAAAGCCUUGGGAACGCGCUCUGGCCAGAUUUGAGGAGGGGGGGCGGGGAGGGGCCUGCGGCUUGCGGCCCCGCCCCCUUCUCCGUCUCGCCGGCAGGCAGAUUGGCCCGCCUUCUUCGGCCGGCCCUGGGGCCGCGUCCCCCAGGCAACUCAGCUUCUGAGGCCUGAGCUUCUGCCCGCAGGUGUUGGCGACCAGGCCCCAGGGCACAGCCUAGUUCGACCCCAUGGUGGGUUUUGGAGCUAACCGGCGGGCCGGCCGCCUGCCCUCCUUCGUGUUGGUGGUGCUGCUGGUGGUGAUCGCGGUCCUCGCCUUCAACUACUGGAGUAUCUCCUCCCGCCACGUCCUGCUUCAGGAGGAGGUGGCGGAGCUGCAGGGCCAGGUCCAGCGCACCGAGGUGGCCCGCGGGCGCCUGGAGAAGCGCAAUUCAGACCUCCUGCUCUUGGUGGACUCGCACAAGAAACAGAUCGACCAGAAGGAGGCCGACUACGGCCGCCUCAGCAGCCGGCUGCAGGCCAAGGAGGGCCUGGGGAAGAGAUGCGAGGAUGACAAGGUUAAACUGCAGAGCAACAUAUCAUAUCAGAUGGCAGAUAUACAUCAUUUAAAGGAGCAACUUGCUGAACUUCGUCAGGAGUUUCUUCGACAAGAAGACCAGCUUCAGGACUAUAGGAAGAACACUACUUACCUUGUGAAGAGGUUAGAAUAUGAGAGUUUUCAGUGUGGACAACAGAUCAAGGAGUUAAGAGCACAGCAUGAAGAAAAUAUUAAAAAGUUAGCAGACCAGUUUUUGCAGGAACAAAAGCAAAAGUCACACAAGUUUGAAUCAAAAGAUGGAAAUGAAUUGGGUGUAAACAAUCAUGCAGUACCUAAAAACAUUCCCAGAGUAGCUGAGAAUGCUGCAGAUAAGAAUGAAGAACCCUCAAGCAAUCAUAUUCCACAUGGGAAAGAACAAAUCAAACGAGGUGGUGAUGCAGGAAUGCCUGGAAUAGAAGAGAAUGACCUUGCAAAAGUUGAAGAUCUUCCUACUGGUAAGUAG